AUUUAAAACAGCCCUGGCGAGGUGUAUUGUGGGUAAAAUGCUAAAUAGCUCAGCGUUUACCGCUGCAAGGAAAUAUCCUAUUAAGUGUUUGAAAAAGUAAAGUAAGCAUCGGUGUAAAACGUGAACGAGAGGACGAAGAACGAAUUAGUUAAACUUCCACUCAUGGAUGCCAAAACUCUUUGUGCUAAAAAGGAGCGAAUCCAAAGGCAGAUAGAACACCUGGAGAAAAGCCUGGGAUCUGCUGCUAUUGAUCCAGGCAUAUCGUCCUCCGAGACUGAUGAUUCGGAUUUGGAGUCGGAUAAUUCAAGCGAUGAAGCUGUGGUGCAGAGUAAGUUGAACGUUGAAGAUUUGUCUGCAAAGAAGGUGAAAAUCCAGAGGGAGAUAGAAGAGUUGGAGAGAACUCUGGGCCCAGCAGCCUCUUCUGUAGAUGCAAAUGUAAUAGAUUCAGAUUCAGAGGAUGAGGAAUCGGACAAAGAUGUAGAUAUUGAUGGAUGUCUUCAGAUUGAUAUGGGUGAUGAUGCAGAAAAUGACGAUGAUUUAGGACUCCCCAAAGACUCUGAGACCUGUCUGCAGAUAAACUUGGUUUAUCAGGAAGUGAUUGAAGAGAAGUUGCUAGAGCUUGAAAGAAUGGUAGCCGAGAACAAAGAACUGCAAAAUGAAAUCCUUUCUCAGCUGUCAAAGCCAACAGCUAUUGUAGCAGAGUCAAGUUCACUUCCACCAUUACGCCUGUUUGUGGGAAACUUUUUAAAGCCCUAUUUCAAGGAUAAAAUAACUGGCGUGGGUCCACCGGCUAACUCAGAAACUAAAGAAAAGAUGGCUCAGGGAAUCAAAUCUUUUGAAGAUCUUCGGCUGAGAAGGUGGAAGACUUGGCAGAAGAACCUGCUGCGCUCUGCCGUUGCUGGAGAUCGUAUGAGGCAGCUGCUACAGCCAAAGCUAUCUAAAUUGGAUUUUCUGACCCAGAAGUUAACAAACUUAAAUGUGGAUGUGGAAAAGCAAAUAGUAGAAAAGCAGAUUAGGCAAACUGAGCAGGAAAUUGUAGAAAUAAGUUGCUUGUCUGAGGAGCUGUUGUAUGGAGAACGCCUAGAUGAGCAUGACUGGGACAAGAUUUCAAAUAUUGACUUUGAAGGUGUCCGAAAUCCAGAGGAACUGAAGAGUUUUUGGCAGAACUAUGAACACCCAUCAGUCAAUAAGGAGAAGUGGAACGAAGAAGAAAUUGAGAAGCUGAAGGAGAUUGCAGCUAAACACAGAAGCACAGACUGGGAAGCCAUUGCUAGUGAGCUUGGGACCAACAGGACUGCCUUCAUGUGUUUGGAAAAGUACCAAGCCCAUAUUAAUACAAACCUGAAGCGAAAGUACUGGACCAAAGAGGAAGACAAAAUGCUUCUGGAACUGGUUGAAAAAAUGAAAGUCGGCAACCACAUCCCCUACACCAAAAUUUCUUAUUUUAUGGAAGGCAGAGAAGCAGCUCAAGUGCUACAUCGUUAUAAAAACUCCAUUGAUCCCUCGUUAAAGCGAGGUUACUGGAGCAGUGAAGAAGACGCACUUCUAUUAAAAGCAGUGGCUAAAUAUGGUGCCCAAGACUGGUAUAAGAUUCGUUUGGAGGUCCCUGGACGGAAUGUUUCACAGUGUAGAGAUCGAUAUAUGGAAUGUCUGAGUAAUGAAGUAAAAAAGGGAAAAUGGAGCCCUGAAGAAGAAAUAAAGUUAAUUGAGCUAACAGAAAAAUACGGAGCUGGUCGCUGGUCUAAAAUAGCUGCUGAACUUCAAAAUCGUACAGAUGGUCAGUGUUUACGCAAGUGGUGCAACCUAACAAAGCAAAAGAAAAAUAAAAAGAAAUUGUCUGGAAGAAAAAGACACAAAAAGGAGCAAAGAAAAGGCAACGAGAAAAGGAAAAAAAGCAGCAAAAGAGCUCCAUCCAGAGAAGUACAUUCUUCAAGCUCCGAGUCAGAACAGUUAACUGAAAUAGUCAGUGAAGAAGUAAACACUGAGAGUGAUGAAGAGGACGACGAUUACACAGUCACCAGUAUCGACUCCUGGAUUCCUGUUGUCUUAACAAACACCAGAACAGCGUCUAAUGUAAGGUCUCGGCGUACAGUCAUUUCCAAAGUUGGAGCCAACUCUGCACAACCUUCGCAGGAUCCCAAAUCGAGGGCCCAACCAGUCAGUGGUACAGACUUAAGUGACCCUGUCCCAGAACGCAAUAUUGUUGUGAAAAAUAACUGGUCCGGCCAUUCUCGUUUCUUUGACACAAUCUCCUCUGCCAAAGCAGUUGAAGAGUCAGGAAAGAAACUCUUGAAGGUAAACCUAAAUGAAGUGAGAAGGAUGCUGAGACCCAAAAGGGCACAUCCACGGAGAAAGAAGACAAAAAGUGACAGAAGACGGCAUUCCACUAUGAUGCAAUCACAUUGCUCCCAGAGGACCACCAAUGCAAACCAGAGUCAAGCAAAGGCGCUUACUGGUAGAAUCCAGGCCAUGGAGAUCGACAAAAAUGUGGAAGCUGGAGGCCAUAAGAGUCUGGCAGAAAGGAUUCUCUUGAACAGAUUUGAAGGAAACAAGACUGUGAUGGAGAAGUUUAGAAAAACCUCUUUGAAAACCUCUAAGAGCGACGAGGAGGUAGAAGCUGGCUCAGGUUCUGCCCAUUACAAAAGGGAUUUAAUUUUAAACCAAAACCUUAUGCUGGCAGUGAGCCCCUGGGUUGGAAAUGUCUACAUGCAAUGUAGCAGUGGUCUGUGGCCUAACAAGCGUACUAGAGCUGAUGUCAUGAGAGAAGAAGCAGAAAAAGUUGGCCUAGCCAGCACACCAAUUUUUAUUCUACUUCUCAAAGUCUUUCAGAUUGAUGCUGAAGGUUGUAAGAACGUUAUUGAAGAAAGGUCCAAAAAGGAUAAAGGCAUGUUAUCUAGGAGAAGUCUUCCAUCCAUUUCAAAGGGCAGCAUCAAUCAAAAAGAUGUACCACCUCAAUGCAAACUUGAACCACAGGAAUGUGAGCAAAUAAAAGUUCCAACUUCAAGUCGCGUCAAAACAGUUGCUCAGCUCCUUUAUGAACGGAAAAAAAAGCAGAGCACUUCUGAGAAGGAGGCUGCUCCCAAUAAUGAAGAGUCUAGAAAGCAGAGUACGGAGCCAGAGUCUUCAGGAAAGAACAGUUCUGAUAACAAAGAUAAGGAGAAACGACAGAAGCCCAAGGAAAUUUCAAGUCACACUCCGCCACAUCCACCGUUUACUUUGCCAAAGCCUCCCUCAAGCCUCAUCAUAAGUCAGACAGAGCAAAGGAGCAGCCCUGCACAAGAACUUCGAACCCAACCAGUUACAGCAUCUUCCAAUCAAAUAAGUUGGAUUAUGACAGAUCAAGGAGUGAUGCCAUUCAUUGCAGUGCAGUCUCCAUGUGCAGUUCCACCAAGAGGUGUGAUAAACCUAAAUGUGCCAAGGCCAGGAAGUGGCCCACAGGUUGGAGGGCCAGCAGCCUCCAGAAGCCCAGCUAACCCUGCAGCUCGUGGUGUGAGGCCGUUUGCUGCUACCACUGUGGCUAAAUUCCCUCCAUUUUUUCCCUUAGGAAUCUUUGCAGCUCCUUCUGUUCAGCUUUGUGCUGUUCCAGGCUCAGUUCCUACUGUUGUACACCAUCUUGCUGUAAACACCAACACCUCUGUGACCCCCAGUACUAUUUCCCCCACACCUUUCACCAUUAAAGAUGUUAAGCAGACUAAUAAUAAUCCAUCUAGCAAUGAGGCUCCACCAUGCUACAAUGUGGCUAGACCCCUUUUGCCCAAGGCACAGCAGUUAACAGUAAUACCAUUUGCACAGCCCAUCAUCCAAGCAGUGAGUAUACCUCAUGUCAUCCCAUCUCAUCAAGGUACCAUACAGUUGGGGCCAAGAACUGAACAACCUGCCCUGCAGUCCUCCUCACUAAACAGUGUUGCUCCAACUCCUAAAGUAUGCCCAUCAACAUCCCAUAACACUGCCAGUUCAAAACCGAAGAGAACAGUUUUGGAUUUGAGCCUGCUGUUCUUUGAAGAAGACACUGCAACAAAAGAUUGGAUGAAAGGUUUGGGAGGAGUUCAGCAGCCUGACUUGAGCUUUGCCCUUCCAUAUCUCCCUCCUUCUGUGUGCAACUUGAAAACUUUAUCACAGCUGCUGGAAAAGAAAAGCAGUUUGGAGAGCCGUGCCUCUGGCCUUAUCUCAGAUGAGGUACAAAACCCACGUGCCAAAAUCCACGCCAUUAGAAAAGUGGUCAAAGAAACACUGGGGCAUAACCCAGCGUACCUCCUCCUGAAAGCUCGCUUUCUUUCUUGUUUCACUCUACCUGCGUUUCUGGCAACAAUUCCUCCUGUCUGUACAACAGUAGACAUUUCCAAGCCUUCACGUCGACACAGAAGGAGAAAGAACACAGAUUUUCAAGUGGUCUAUUUCAAAAAAGGUUCCCAGAAAGACCGUGGUCAACCGGCUCCAUUGAGCAUGAGUGAGGACAACACUUGCAGCUCCCUUAUGCUGAAUGUGGAAGGAACAGAGGCCAGUCAGUUUAAAGGAAUCAUGACAAGAAGUCGGUCCCGUUUAGAAAAAGGAUGCAGCUCUGAAAUUGGAGGCAAUGCAUAACCAUUUGUGUGGCAAACAAGUGUUUCAUAUUUGUUUCCUUUCGUUUUGUUUUUUUCGUUUUCCUAUUCACCAUUGUUGUUUUUUUUUUUUGUUCUGAUGGUGACAUGCUCAAAAUGUGUUGGAAAAGCACUUUAGUUGUCUGCUCGGGCACUGGAUGACCAAGAAGCAGCAGCCAUACUAAUAAUGGAGAGACGUUUGCGAGGCUUUCUGCUGGAUUUAAUUGUGUCCAGGUCUCUUGAUUAUCUCACUGCGUUUUUAUUUACAUUCUGCUUUCUCUCUUUUUAUGACAUUGACUCAGUUGUAUAAACGGGACGGUUCCUUAUUUGUGUGCCAAUGGCGCCAAGAGCUGGGUGGGUCAAUCCAGAAUUUCCAUAAGGGAAGCGUUUUUACUUCCCUCUUGUGUACUUUAAAACGGAGAAUCUUGAAAUGUGACUUGUUUCUGAGAUGUCUACAGAUUUGCACUUAUAAGGACGUUGUGAAGUCAAUUUUGAAAUGUAAAUAAUAAUUUAGAGAAAAUAAAAAAUAAACUAUU